GUGACGGUACACGUCCACGCGUAGAUAUAUAGGAAAGCAUCGCAGCGCAUGCUGAAAGCUCCCACUAUCGAUCGACCUGCGCCCGAGUUUCCUCGCUCGGCUCACAAGUUCCGCGAACGUCGUCUCGACAGAACAGUGUUGCGUGCAACUGCCGCGACCAGACGUACUUUUUUUAAAUCCUCCUCGGUGCCCCGUGGUCUCCGGAGUCGCGAAGCCAGCCAGCGAGAGGACACGAUGGCGCGUCGCGUGGAUUACACCAAGGCCGUCUUCGUACUAUGGUGUGUCUCGACUUCGGCGAUCAGCCUACCCAGCCCUUCGCCGCUGCCACAGAAGCUCGAGGAUCAGCUCUACACGACACGCAGAACGCCGAAAUUGACGUUCGACCUGCCCGGCUCGAAGUCCAAGCAGGCUUCGAGCCCAGUUUUUAACGACAACGAUGUUUUGAACUUUGAGCUGAGAAGUACGACCACGAUACUUCUGGAAUCAACAACGGUGUCGAUUCACAAAUCGUUCGGGUCGGAGCAGCCGUUGUACCGUUUGGACCGUAGCAACGGGCAGGCCUGCAUUCUGUUGCAAGUCGACGCACUGAUCACCGUGAAAUAUCGCACGAAUCUUGGGGAAGAUGGAGAGGCUAGCAUUUAUGUUCCGAACGACGCCACGGUCACCGGCAACUGCAACGACGAGAACACGGUCACGAUGUCCUUGAAAUGGAAGGCGUUCGUCCUUUUGUGGAGCUUCGCCAAGACACCCGGCGGAGAGCGAUGGUACGUCGAGAAGAUCGAGCUGACCUACAACUCCAGCGACCGCCACUUCGAGCACAUUGAUCAGCCGAACAAAACAGUUCGACUGAGCACCGGCCAAAAGCACAGCUCCAUGUUGUUCCCGACGCCUGUCGGAAAAUCGUACGCCUGCAGCGGGGAGACGGAAAUCCCCCUAACCGACGGCAAGAACCACGCCAGCGUGCUUCUCAGAGACAUGAAGCUGCAGCCGUUCAAGUACAAGAACAACGAGUUCGCAGCCGAGUUCUCCUGCACGGCGCUGAGCGCGCGCGGAUUUCGGGACGAGACCGCGCCGGUCGCUGUCGGAUCGACGCUAGCAGCCGCCGUUCUGCUGACCAUCACCGGCUACGCAGGGUAUCGCUACUUCAAAGUGAAAAAGGUCAAGUACGACACCAUGGAGUAAGGGGAACCGUCGAUGCAUCCAGCCGAGCGGCGAGAGGAUUUCCAGCAGCUACGAGGACGGCGAUAGCGAUCGAUCGCUAUCGCCCUUCUACGUCGCCCGGGCCGAUCGCGAUCGCAACGAUCUUCAUAGAUCGUUCGCUGGAUCUCGACUCGUUGCUCCACGCGAUCCAACGACGUCGACGAUUCGAACGACGCAUCAUUGACGAGGAAGGACGCGUCGAUCGACGCGAAGAAUCGAACGAGCGAAUUCGCGGAGCCGGAUUCCGCGGAUCCGCCGGCGUCGCUGCCGAUUUCGUGAAAAAUCGGCAUCGGCGUCGCCGUUCGGAGAACAAAGCCCCAUCAGGCAGCUAACAAUUCGGUAGGAACUGGUCGAUCGAUCGAUCGAUCGAUCCUUACCGCGACGUCGAAUGUCCCGUUUCUCGAGUUUCAACGUAUACGUGCUACUAUAUUUGUUAUUGUUAUCGAUAGACCGCGGAUCUUCGCGCGAGCUCCCGCUUUCAUUCGAUCAAGGAUGCGCGCGCUGAACGUUUUGCUGUGUUUUCUUUUUUCAAAUUUCUUCGACUCCCGAAGAUCCGCGGUCCAGUUACCAUCGUUAUUAUCAGGACGCGGAUCUUUAUGCAAAUUUUCGGUUACACACGAUUCUACAAUAGUUUCCUCGCAUUUCACGAGGAUCCGCGGACCGAUCGCAAUCGUCUUGUUUAUUUGCAUGUAGCGAUUUUCCGUCUGCUUCCGCCGCUGACGAGACUCCAUUUUCGUACGAGUCCCGUCGCUAACGUUCGCCUCUCUGCUAGUUUUCCACCGAUUCGGAAUCCUCUUUUCUCGCUAGACGCACAUCCGCGACCCCAAACUUUGCCUAGAGCCUGUUCCAUUCGGUUGUUCGAACGCGUACAUCGCCGGGGCGGAGGUUUCUCGUCGUCGAGACGACAAUGAUUUCCUUCGAUUGUUCCACGUGCUCUCGCAUCUCUAAAUCCUACGUGUGUUACGAUCGCUAGAGCUGUAGGUCGUCUAAUUUCAGACUAUUUCUGAUCGUCGAUGUAAUAUAUCGUGUAAAUAUGUUGCCGCGAUCGGCGAAGAUCGCGACCCGGUUCUGUCGUUCGAUUAUCUCUCGGCCGGGAAGCUCCCUGAAAGCUGCUGUUUCGGCAAGAUCCCGAUUCACGAUCGGUCGGUUUUCGGUUUCUGCCCCUGUGUUCUUUGGAUUUCGUGAUCGUCGCGAACUUCGGCGACCGCGCGGAGUUUUUAAUGAUCCUUUAAAACAUAUCACGAACGUGCAUUCAUUGUUAGUCGAUGAAUAGACCAUAUCAACGAUGUACUUUUAGAGCGUUAAUAAAAACGAAAGGUAAAAGGAAUAUGGAAAUCACUCGUUCCUGGGACGAUCGAGUCGGAUUUAGGACGCGAAACGGCUUAGAUAAUCGUGUUGCAAUAUCGAUCCUUACGCUCCUCGUACGUUUCAAAGACUUCGUAGGCCGCGGUAAUAGGGGGACAACGGAAGCGAACGAAGACGAACGGCGGUGGGCAUCGAUCAAGUCGAGCUCGAUUCUCCGAUCCCGUAUGAACGUAGCUAUAGUUUACCGAGGUGAAUCGCAUACUUAAGAGUAUAAAAGAUAAAAGAAAAUGAAAAAGAAUGAAAUACCCGUAUGUGUUUCGCGUGUGUGCGCGCGUGCACGACGCGCGCACACUUCACGACGCAUAUCAAUUUAUUACAAUUAUAUCGAUAUGUGCGUAACAUAUGAACCUCUGUCUUCCAAGCGCAUAUUAAAAAAAAAAAAAAAUAAAGUUGAAACUUCGUGUGUAAAUAUAUAAAUACAUAUACAUUACAUACAUACGUACGUACGUGCAUACAUAUAUGUAUACAGAUGACGAGCAUCGCGUGUCGUGUUUCUGUGACGAAGUCAACGUUGUUAGGGAUCGUCGGUGCGCGAGUCUUCGUCGGCAGAACGGAGGAAUGUCUUUUUCCUUUUCGCGACUGUUCGAAGAAUUCCAGGGCAAGAGAGAGAGAGAGAGAGAGAGAGAGAGAGAGAGAGAGAGAGAGAGAAAGGGAGAGAAAGAGUGUGUGAGCGAUAGAUAGAUAGAAAGAAAGAGAGAGAGAGAGAGAGAGAGAGAUUUUCGAUGUUUGAACUUUUUAUGCUACGGGAACGUUACUUACGAUAUAGGGGCUCCGAUUCUUACCACGGAGAUGGUCUACAUGUAAUUACGAAGAUGUAUUUUUGUGCUAAAGCCAAUCUUAUUAUACAUACAUAAAUAUUAUCGACGGUUAGGGGAUAGACGGUCGAGGGGUUGCAGCGCCGCGAUCGUUAACGAAUCGAUGAUGAUGAUAAUGAUGAUGAUGAUGAUGAUGAUGAUGAUAGCGUGGCCUGGAAGAUGCAAUUCUGUUAGGAGGACUAGCCCAAUUGUGUCGUGUAAUCGGAGUGAACGCGACGGAUUAUGAAUCAUAUCGCUUGUCCUAUUUCUGCAAUGUUAAGUCUCGUAAUAGUUAUUGUAACGCGCCGCGUGGUGCGAAGAUCAGCACGGAACGGCGGAUCGCGUAUUUGCGGGACACGGCCACGGGGUGGUGCGUAACGCGCGUCUAUUAAGAUUGUAGCAUAUCGAUAAAAUAAAGGCUGUUAUACAAGUU